AUGGACACCUCCCCGACCGCGCUCUUCGACUCGUACGAGCAGGACUUCAAGCAGAUCAUCCAGAGCAUUCGCACCAAGCUCGAGGGCGACGCGCAGGAUGCCCAGGGCGGUGCGUCAUUCCGCCCGUGCCAGCGCAAGGCGGCGCUGAGGCGCGUCGAGAUGGAGCUCGACGAGGCGGAUGAGAUGGUCUCGCAAAUGGAAAUUGAGAUCCAAGGGAUCCCGCAGUCGCUCCGGCCGUCGUACCAAACACGCAUCAAAGCGUCGAAAGCGGACCUGCAGCGGUUCAAGAAGCUCUCGAAGGAGCAGCACGCGCAGCUGUCGCGUGCCGAGCUCCUGUCGCGCCCCGGGCUCGCUGGGGGCACGAGCGACGAGCCGUAUGGGGCGACGAGCGACCGGACGCGGCUGCUUGCGGGCACGGCGCUGCUCGAGGACGGCUCGCGGCGGCUGCAGGAUAGCCAGCGGAUCGCGCUGGAGACGGAGGAGCAGGGCGCGGACAUCCUGCGCAGCCUGCGGGGGCAGCGCGAGCAGAUCCAGAACGCGCGUGACACGCUGCAGCGCGCGGACACGUCGAUCGACCGUGCGUCGGGGACGCUGAAGAAGAUGAUACGGCGGAUGUACCAGCAGCGGUUCGUGACGGGCGCGAUCAUCGCCGUGCUCGUUCUUCUUAUCCUCAUCAUUCUUUGGGCGAAGCUCUGGCGGUAG